AUGGAACUCCAAAUUCAACUCCCAAAUCUGAAUCAGUUAAACUAUGAGGGGUACAUGGAAGCCACCAUUGGUACCACACAAAUCUCCGACCAAUCAGAACAUCAGGGGGAUAGCAGCAGAAUAACGAAACUACAAGGAGCCCUUCGAACCGAACAUUUGAAUACAGAAGAAAAGUCGUCAUUACUUACAAUUUGCAACCAGUACUCAGAUUUAUUCCUUCUUGAAGGAGAUAAAAUAACUGCUACUACAGCAGUAGCACAUGAAAUCCGAACUCCAGACGCAGUGCGGCCUAUGCAUGACAAACCCUACCGAUUACCGCACGUCAUCGACAGGAAAUUACCGAUCAAAUGGAGAUUCUAG